GUUACACACGCUGUCACGCACCGAUUAUACCUAAUAUCCUAUUUCAGGCACCCACGGUGAUAACAGAAGUGCUUCACAAUGGACUCCCCGGUUGCAUGUUUCUUUCCCAAUCUGACAGACGGCGUGCUAUACUCUGGCCAAGAGCAAGCCGCCGAGGGCCUCGAGUCUUUACGCAGAAACCUGGAUAUUAGCUUCAAGUCAUCUUUCAAUGAUGAAGAAUCGUCAGAGACUCACGAUUCUUCCCGCGAGGCAUUCUUUGGUGCAGCGUGGGGACUGUUACUGGCAAGAUACGUCGGGACAGAAGAUGUGUCUUUUGUCGUCGCCCGCGCCAGCGCAGGCAACUGCACGAUGACCACGUGCACCUGGACCGCGCUGGAUUCUCAAACCCAACAACAACUGCUUCUCCAGGCACAAGAGACCCUUUCCAGCACGGUAGAUCAGGGAUCAUGGUCAGAGUUUGGAGAAUCGAAAGAGCUGCCGGUGCCGGACUUUGCCAAUACAAUGAUUUUGUUGGAGGAUGCGGAUGUUGAAGGAGCUGGAGAUGUGCUCAGCAGUGUGACAACGAAGAAAAACCUCCUGGUUCUUCACCUCGCGGUGACAGCGAAUGGUAUCUCGAAGGCCAACCUUGACUAUCACUAUUCGAUGCUUUCCGAUAAUCAAGCGGCCAACGUUGCUACCACUUUGAUGAAGAUCCUUGACGGCUUGAAGAACGCCCCCCAGGUACCGAUUAAGGACCUAGACUAUAUGAGCCAAGAACAUCUGGAGCAGAUAUGGCGGAUGAACAGCCAUGUCCCGGAGGCUGCGACGGAGUGUUUCCAUGACGUGGUCCAAAAACAAUUCGCUAUCAGACCAGAAGCAACGGCUGUCGAUGCUUGGGAUGCCAGACUCACGUAUGGAGAGCUUGUGCCGUUGGCAACUCGUCUUGCAAGCCAUCUUCAGAGUCGUGGGGUCUGCCCCGGUGUUGUCGUCCCUCUUUGCUUUGAGCCCUCUUCCUGGUCCGUCGUCGCAACUCUUGCCGUGUCGAUGGCCGGAGGAGCGUUUGUCAAUAUCCCGCCGUCGUUGCCUCAGGGAAGAAAAGAUAUUAUUUUGAGCGCCAUCGACCCUCCAAUCCUGCUUACCACUUCUGACUACGGACAUCUUUGGGAGAACACCGGAAUUAAUUGGAUUACAAUAGAAGACAAUCGAAUAGCCGAUUUGGAGGACUGCGACAGUCCACCCGAACCUCUCGCAAAACCUAGUGAUAUGUUCUACGUUGUUUUCACUAGCGGCUCGACUGGCACCCCGAAAGGAUGCAUCGUCGCUCAUGAUGGCUUUGGAACGGCCAUCCUCAGAAACGGCCCGUUAUGGAAGUUCACACCUGAUCGCCGUAUCUUUCAGAUGGCCAGUCAUGCAUUUGAUAUGAGUACCUUGGAAAUAGGACUCGCCCUGGCCUUUGGGGCUUGUGUAUGCGUGCCGCGGUCCACGGAGAUCCAAGAGAGCCUUCCUGAAGCCAUGAACAAGUACAAUGUCGACCUUUCUAUCAUGACGCCUGCCGUGGCGCGUAUCUUUACACCAGAAGAAGUUCCAAGCAUUCGAGUUCUCCUUGUUGGCGGCGAGGCAUGGGCGCCCGAGAUCAUCGACACAUGGGCGGAGAAGAUUGAUCUCAUACAGAUUUACGGACCUACCGAGUGCUCUGCUAUUUCUUCAUCUGCACCGGUGACUCGACUAGAUUACGACGCACAGAUGAUCGGGUACCCCCAAUCUGCGGCAUUCUGGGUCGUAAUGCCAGAGAACCGCAACCGGCUGGCUCCCAUAGGAUCACCAGGUGAACUGCUCAUCUCUGGUCCUAUUGUCGGAUUGGGUUACUAUAAAAACCCCGAGAAGACUGCUGAGGCCUUUAUUGAUGUCCCCGAUUUCGUGAAAGACGAUCCUGUGUUCGGUUCCACGCGCUUCUACAAGACCGGUGAUCUCGUCCGGUGCAAUUCGGACGGAGGCAUCACCUUCUGUGGCAGAGUCGACAACCAAGUCAAGCUUAAUGGCCAGCGGAUCGAGCUGGAGGAAGUGGAAUACAACAUCAGCCUCUUCGACGGCCACCCUCUUUCAGUAGUCUUGGUGCCAAAGACUGGACACUGCCAGAGAAAUCUGGUGGCAGUCAUCGCUGCGAAAUCAAAAUCCCCUGGAGAUCAACCCGGGGGCACCGAAAUUGAACUCGUCAAUGGUCAUUCAGAGUUUCCGACUUUAAGCCUGAUCCAGAGUUACUCGGAAGAACUCAGGGGUAAACUGCCGCGGUACAUGGUCCCUACGGUGUGGGCGUUCAUCGCGUCUAUGCCCAUAACAAUUUCGGGGAAGGUUGACCGGGUGCGAGUUCGCAGGUGGCUCGAAGGCAUAGACGAGGACACGGCUUUUUCCAUCGUUGGAAGGACUAGAAAGCCAGUCGAAGACACUACCGAGAAAAGUGACCUCGAAGAGCGGAUACAAGCCAUAUGGAGCGAAGUGCUCAAAGUACCGCAAGAUGAAAUUGGGUUACACCAGAGCUUCUUCUCUCUGGGUGGCGAUUCCGUCCUGGCCCAGAAAGCUGCAGCAAAAUGCCGCAAAGAAAAUAUCUUAUCGAGUAUGGUUCAUAUACUCUCAUCUGAAGGCGUUUCUGAGGUGGCAGCGUUGGCGCACCGGGUGGAAAUCGGUGAUGGGCUCAAGAGCUCACCGACCUUGGGCUUCAACCUUUCAGAUUUGCAGACGAUGGUUGACAAUGGCUACCAGCUGACAAAAUUCGGUCUUUCCAAUAUCGUCGAGAUCGACGAUGUCUAUCCGUGCAGCGCAGCGCAGGAGGGAAUGCUUCUUGGCCAGAUCAGACGACCGGGAUCGUAUCACCUUCGGUUUUUUUACCAAAUCCACACCAAAAACGACGAAUACCCUGAUUUCGAGAGGUUCAGGGCCGCAUGGACGGGUGUUGUUGCUCUACAUCCAGGCCUUCGCACGGUUUUCGUGGAUGAUCUCCCCGGCGAUGCGGUAUAUCACGCGAUUGUCUUGAAAGCACCCCAAGCUGAGAUGAACAUGAAGGAGGUUCCACCAGAUAUGCCUCCAUCGGAGGUUGUGGACUUAUUCAGAGCCUCGAAAGUUCCAUUCCGGCCACAUCGCCCUCCCCAUCGUUUAACUGCUUGUGUCUCCGCAGGCAAGCUCCGGUAUUGCAUGAUAGAAAUGUCACAUGCAAUUAUCGAUGGUGCUGGUAUGGAAGCCCUGUUCAAGGACCUCGUGCGUGCCUACCAUGAGGGUCCAGAUAUGCGUGAAGUACCACCGUAUCGCAAUUUUGUAGAGUAUGAGAUCCAGAAAGAAACGGAACAGAGCGCUCAGUACUGGUCGUCUGCCUUGGAGGGAUGUUCUUCUUGUAUUCUGUCAUUCGGCACCACUCGAAAAGCAGAUGUUUCUGCAUCGUCCAUUGGUUUGCGGAGAGAUUUCGAUUUUGACAGAAGCAAGGAGCUGCUAGAUUUCUGUCUAGAGAGACGCCUAACUAUUGCUUCUGCCGUCCGGGCUGCAUGGUCGACAGUGCUUCGAACGUACACGGGCUCUAACGACGUAUGCUUUGGCUAUCUCUCUGCCGGACGACAUAUACCUGUCAAAGAUAUUGAUGAAAUGGUCGGCCCAUGCUUCAGUAUCCAGCCUUGCCGCGCACAGAUUGAACCAGGUGCAAGUCUUGUCUCUAUUGCGGAGCAAAUCCAAGACAAGUAUAUGGAGGCUCUCCCGUACCAGCAUUAUCCGUUAUCGAAACUCCAACGGCAGCUGUACCCCAAUGGAGGCGGAACGAUGUUCAACACUGCCGUUUCGAUGGAGUGGAUUCCCGGAAAUGACUUAUACUCUGGUUCUUCUUUCUCCCUGGAAGAAAUGAUUGGGCAAGAAGACCCUACUGAGUUUGAAAUUGCUAUUUGUAUCGAGAUUGUGGAUGGCCAUAUCAAGCUUGGCUUCCUGUACUGGCCGACUGUCACCGAGUUCGAAUUGGAAAACAUUGCGAGCGCUUUGACCGAGGCUCUUUAUGGCUACCUCAAGCACCCUGACAUGCCAGUCGAUACGGUUUCACUGGUUUCUGAAAAGGAGGUCGCAAAAAUGCAGGAUACUUAUCUGCACCAAGAGCUGCAGGAAACAAAAACGAUUCUCACGUCCAUUCGCCAACACAGUGAAUUGUACCCAGAUAGUCCAGGCCUGGUCUCGUGGGACGGCGAGUUUUCUUACGCCCAAAUAGAAGAGAUUACAACCAAGAUUGCCCUGGACCUUAUUAGGCGUGGCGUUCAACGGGGAGACAAAGUUGUGAUCUGUAUGUACAAGUCAUGUUGGGCUAUCAUGAUGCUCAUGGCCAUUCUCAAGUCUGGGGGUGUGUUGGUCGCUGCGACGCCAUUCCAGCCGAAGGAAAGACUUGAGAAAGUCGUUUAUCACUCCUCUCCAAAACUGGUAAUUGUCGACCCGCAGCAUAUUGAGUUAUUCCAAGAUAUGCAUGAUAGCGUUAUUUCGUUCGAAAUGAGUGAGAUGGAGUCAUUACCGCCGCAGGAAGGCGAAAUACCGACGAUUGAAGACACCGACGUUGCCACGAUAAUAUACACUUCAGGCAGUACCGGUGAGCCGAAAGGUAUGAUGAUAGAUCAUGGCGCAUUGGCGACGUCCAUCCUCCUCGGCCACGGGAACAUUGUGGGUUUCUCAAGAGACACGCGUGCACUGCAGUUCUCCUCUUUCACAUUCGACUUCAGCUACGCCGAGAUUUUCACUACUCUUGCGUUUGGUGGCUGUAUCUGUGUACCAUCCGAGGAAGAAAAGUCUUCUAAUCUCGCCGGCUGUAUCAACCGAAUGCAGGCAAAUUUGGCUUUCCUCACGCCAUCGGUGGCCCGGACGAUCCAACCUGAAGAUGUGCCAUGCCUAAAGACUCUUCUCCUCGGUGGUGAAGCCAUGUCGGUGCAAACUUUACAGACAUGGGCAAGCUCAGUUGCGCUCUUUAACGGGUACGGGCCUGCAGAAGCAACGGUCCUGAUCUCUGUGCGCGGGCCUAUGACACCUGAUGAUGAUCAAAUGAACGUUGGUCAUCCAGUCAAGGGUUCUAGGGUAUGGCUUACUGAAGUAGCGGAUGACAGACGCCUAGCCCCUCGAGGUUGCAUUGGGCAGGUCAUGAUUGAAUCUCGACAACUUGCACAGGGGUAUUUGAACGCCGAGGAAGCUACAAAGGCGGCUUUCAUCCCGAGUCCAUCAUGGUUGGCUGGUAGUUCUUCUACAACGAUAUAUAAGACAGGCGAUUUGGCUCGUUACGAGGAAGACGGUACCCUGCGUUUUAUCGGACGUCAAGAUACUCAGACCAAGUUGCGUGACCAACGUCUUGAACUGGGUGCCGUGGAAUUUCACCUAUUGGAAUGCAUCCCGGCAACUAGCAUAGUUGCGGACGUUAUAAUCCCGGCUGGCGAACAAAACACUGAAAAGGCAAUCCUCGCAGCAUUUGUCUACGGGCUGGAGGGUACUGAGACUUCAACAGGAAAUGAGGAAACGCCCUCGGCUUGUCCUUUCGAACUGUCCACGGAUGUCAAACAACAGCUCACAAAGCGACUGCCUACUUAUAUGAUCCCCCUCGUCUUCUUCACUAUUGACCGCUUGCCACUCAACAUGUCUGGAAAGGCGGAUCGGAAGCGUCUUCGGGAGAUUGGUGCUACAUUCACUCUCAAACAACUUGCGGAGACUCGCAAUGGGCAGACAAAGAAAGCUCUGACUGCAGCGAAUCCUACAGAGGAGAGCAUUUUGAAGCUCUGGAGUCAAACAUUGAACAUCGAAGCGAAACACAUAAGCCUGGAUGAUAACUUUGCGCAUCUGGGUGGUGAUUCUAUUGCUGCCAUGAAGCUCGCUGCAGCAGCCCGACGCAAUGGCAUGACUCUCUCUGUCGCGGACAUUUUUCAACAGCCUACGAUAAGGAAGCAAGCCUCGGUUGUCUUGUCCAAGAUGCAAAAUACCCAAACCAACGGAUCUAUAGCGGUCACCAACGGCUACAAUAACUGGAGCUCCCGAGAAAUAAUCAUUCAAGCGGCUGUGAGUCAAUGCCGGAUAUCACGGGAUUUAAUUGAUGAUAUCUAUCCAUGCACUGCACUCCAAGAAGGAAUGAUGGCCCAUACCGUGAAGAAAGCCACUGCGUACACGCGUGUAUUCACCUAUUCGCUUCCUGCCAGUGUCGACCUCGAUCGAUUCCGCGACGCCUGGGAGCAAGUGGCGCAAGCACAUCCUGCUCUGCGUACUCGCAUUGUGCACGUGAAAGAUCAUGGUAGCUUCCAGGUUGUUGUCAAGGAGAAACUGAACUGGGAAGUGUUCGAAGCAACCCAGUCGGCAGAGGUCCCUGACCUAACGUCCAGUAUGGGAUUAGGAACGCCAUUGGCACGUUUUGCAUUCUUCCACUCGCUGGCCGAAGGCUCAGAGACGCAGUUUCACCUUUCUUUGCACCAUGCUCUGUACGACGGUUGGUCAGUGCCACUGCUCUUGGAUGAAGCUGAGGAAGCCUACCAAGGAAAGUCACUACAAUCACAUCCGGUCAAACCCUUCAUCUCCCAUCUGGUAGAUCAAAGAAGUUCUGCCGAGGAGUUCUGGAAGAAACAACUUGCGGAUGUCGAACCUCAAGCAUUUCCACACUUACCAUCUGUUGGUUACGACCCAUCUCCAAAAUCAGGUCUCAGCCGAACCUUUACCAUUCCAAGCGGCGGCAUAACCAACUUCACGCUCUCGACCAAGUUGAGGUUCGCCUGGGCCCUGACAGUCUCGCAGUACACCAACACGAAAGAUAUCAUUUUCGGCAUGAUAUCAACUGGAAGAGGUAUCCAAGUCAUGGGAGUUGAGGAGCUAGUUGCCUGCACCAUUGCAACAUUUCCAGCCCUUGUUGUCAUUGACCAAACACAGACGGUCACGGAGGCGCUGAGGGCUACCGAAAACCGCUCAAUCGACACCAUUCCACACGAACACUUGGGAUUGCAAAAUAUCAGUCGUUUGGGCCAGGCCUUUGAAACAGCUUGCCGAUUCCAAUCCUUGUUCGUAGUCCAUCCACACAAGAAAGAGUCGACGUCGACAUUGUUCAUUGAAGAGCACGACCCGUCGACGAUCGAACCGAUUGACUCGUACGCUCUCAUUCUGGGAUGCCAGAUGCUCACGGGUGCCGUGCAGGUUGACGCUACGUUUGAUCGCAACGUAAUCGACGAGCUCAAAAUGGAGCGCAUUCUUUGCCAAUUUGAGCAUAACCUCAGAUUGAUCUAUUCAGAGCCCGACAUGACUGUUUCAAGCAUCGAAACUCUCACUGUCGCAGACUGGCACCAAAUUGAAGGCUGGAACAAUCGGGAGCCUUAUCCGAGCGAGAUGGAUACCUGCGUCAAUGACCUGCUUCACCAAAAAUGCCUCAGUCAGCCCGACGCGCCUGCAAUUUGCUCCUGGGAUGGUGAUUUGACGUACAAAGAAUUGGACGACUUAUCUUCCCAGCUUGCCCUUCAUCUUCAGAAUUCUGGGGUGGGACCGGAGACAUUCGUACCCUUGCUUUUUGGGAAGUCUCGCUGGGCUGUAGUUGCGCAGCUCGCAGUCGUCAAAGCAGGAGGUGCCCUGGCUCCCUUGGAUAUUGCACAUCCAUUGGAACGGCUUCAGAAGAUUUGCAGAGACAUCAAAGCAUCCAUGGUUCUCGUUGCAGAAGACCAGUUGGAGACUGCUGGACUUUUAGCUCUUCCACCGACGACAGUCAAUCACGAUCUGUUCGUGAGCGGGUUACCAGAUCUCGAUCAGGAGUUAAAAUCCACCGUCAGCCCGUCCAAUGCGCUUUUCGCUAUAUUCACAUCUGGCUCCACAGGGACUCCCAAGGGUGUCGUCAUAGAACACCAGUCGUACUAUGUCAGCGCACUUGCUCAGAUCCAAGGAUUCAAACUCGACCAGAACUCGAGAGUUUUGCAGUUCGCUGGAUAUGGGUUCGAUGCUAGUGUUAUGGAGCAUUUGACCACCCUCGUUGCCGGUGGAUGCAUUUGCAUUCCAUCUGACCACGACAGACUGAAUCAGCUUGUAGAUGUGUCGAACCGCCUUGAGAUCACGCAUGCCUAUCUCACUCCAUCAGUUGCAAGAAGUAUCAAUCCGAAGGAGCUGAAUACCCUGAAACGGCUGGUCCUGAUUGGCGAACCUGUCACAGAAAGUGAUGUUGAGCUUUGGUCACCCUUCCUUGACUUGAUCAAUGGGUACGGCCCUUCCGAAUGCUCCAUCAUAUCUACAAUCCAAGAAUGCCUCAGCACCGAAAAAUCACCUUCCAAUAUCGGACAAGCUGCUGGCGGUGUGUGCUGGAUCGUUGACCCCAAUGAUAUUGAGCGAUUGUUACCGAUUGGUGCCAUUGGUGAGCUGAUCAUCGAAGGCAUUAUCGUUGGACGAGGAUAUCUGAAUGGGGCAAAAGCCAAUGCUGCAUCUUUCAUAACCCAAAGCCCCGAGUGGCUCAAACGACUUAGAGGUGCUGAUUCCUGCCGAGUCUACAAAACCGGAGAUCUCGUCCGGUAUACCGCAGAUGGCUCGUUUGAGUAUAUCGGGCGAAAGGAUACCAUGGUCAAGCUUCGUGGCCAGCGUAUUGAUUUACUGGAAAUCGAGCAUCACCUCCGCCUUUGUUUCGAGACCAUGAGCUUUGUUAUUGCGGAGGUAGUUAUGCCUCAGGACGGUCUUUCACCAAUGUUAGUUGCCUUUCUCGGAUCUCAUUCAUCAGGAGAGAUCAACCGCGACCAAAGCCUGUUCCUCCCUCCGAUGGAGCAAUCGCCGUCCGAGAUCCAGCAAGUGAAGAAACAACUUCGAGAUCAUCUACCUGCAUAUAUGGUCCCGGAGGUUUUCAUACCAUUGAGAGAUGUCCCUCUACUUAAGGUUUCUGGAAAGGUUGACAGACAGUCGCUGAAGAAACAAGUCACUUCGAUGUCUCGAGAAUGGUUGAAAAGCUACAGCUUCGCUGAUGCACCGAAAGUCGCACCUUCAACCGAGAAGGAGAAAAUGUUACGACAGACCUGGGCCCGCAUUCUUAACAUUCCAUCCGACGACAUCAGUAUCCACGACAAUUUCUUCCAUAUCGGCGGUGAUUCAAUCUCGGGGAUGCAGCUCUCGAUGAGAUGCAGUACCCUUGGCCUUCCUGUUAGUGUCGCAGACCUGUUCCGGUACAAGACGAUUGCAAAUCUUGCGGCACACCUGGAGACUACAAAGCUACCACUCGUCAACGCCUUUGCACAUCACGAGGAGAGGGCUCAAGCAACUGAAUGGUAUGAACUUUCUCCAAUUCAGAGAAAAUUUUUUGAAGUUUUACCCGACGGACUCAAUCACUUCAACCAAAGCUUCUUUCUGCGGCUCACAAGACAUGUUCACGACCCAGACGUUGCUCGAGCAAUUGAAGCAAUAGUGAUUCAACACCCAAUGUUACGCACUCGGUACAGAAAAGAACCUGAUAAUCAGUGGAAGCAGGCAGCAACAGGGAACAUAUCUGAUUGCUAUCGUUACAAAACUCACCAGAUCAAUGCAAAGGAGGACAUCGCGGCUUUUGCUAUUGACUCACAGACUGUCUUAGAUUUUCAGGACGGUCCCAUCUUCGCCGUUGAUCUUUUCAUUCUACCGAAUGGGGAACAAUAUAUCUUCCUUGUUGCACACCAUCUCGUCAUUGACCUGGUUUCAUGGAGAAUCAUCUUGGAAGAUGUCGAAGAGUUCCUGGUCUACAAAAACAUCACUCGGAUCCCCUCGAUGUCUUUCCAAACCUGGUGCCACCUCCAACUCGAAUAUGGCUCUCAAAUACUUACUCCAGAAAAGGCUUAUCCUGGAUAUAGCCAGUCACAAGAAGUUGUGUGCGAGGAUUUCUGGGAACUGAAUGGCAAACAAACCACGUUCGAGGACUCGGAGAUGUUCGAUUUCAGCCUCGAUCAGCAGACUACCAAAAAUCUUCUGGCAGAGGCAAACAUCGCUCUACGCACUCAGCCAGUUGAGAUCAUGCAAGCAAUACUCCUCUACUCCUUUGUUCAGGCAUUCCCCGACCGACCUGCCCCCGUCAUCUGGACUGAAGGCCAUGGAAGAGAACCGUGGGACCCAUCCAUCGAUUUGACGAGUACGGUGGGAUGGUUUACCACUAUAUGGCCGACUAUAGUCCAACUUUCUGCUUCAGAUGACGUUGUCGAAGCAGUCAGGCGUACUAAAGAUGGGCGCCAUCAGCUUCCAUCCAACGGCUGGGCAUAUUUUGCAUCACGAUACCUUAAUGCCGACGGUCAGAAGGCAUUCAAGGAGCAAGAGCCUCCUGAAAUCAUUUUCAACUACCUUGGGCGCUACCAGCAACUUGAACGAGCCGAGAGUUUGAUGCAGUUGGAAAAGCUUGAUGAAAGCGUCUCUGAUGUUGCUGUCAAUGCCCCGCGCUUCGGAUUGGUGGACGUGUCAGCUGUUGUCUUGGAGGAUCGGUUGACAUUCAAUUUUGUUGUCAAUCGGAAUAUGAAAUACCAGACUCAGAUUCGACAAUGGAUUGAGGGAUGCGAGGCUCUACUUCAAACAGCAGUUCAGAAAUUGACAUCCUUGCAGCCCAGCUUGACCCUUGCGGACAUUCCUCUACUGUCCCUGGGUUAUGAUCAAUUGGAUGAGUUUUUGAACAUUCAUUUGCCCAAGGCAGGACUUUCUGCAAAUGCUAUCGAAGAUAUCUAUCCGUGUUCGCCAGUGCAGACAGGCAUUCUACUCAGCCAGCUCAAGGACUCGCGGACUUACCAAUCCCGCGUCGUGUGGAGAGCGUAUUCUCCUAGUUCAAUUGAUGUUGAUCGACUUCGGGAUGCAUGGAAACAACUUGUCAACCGUCACACUGCCCUUAGGACUAUCUUCCUGGGAGUUUCAGGGAGAAAUUACAUCGACCAAGUUGUACUGAAGAGCGAAGCCGAACUCGCUCAACUAGGUAUUGAAUAUGGUUCAAUUUCUCAGCCUACGACAGACGUGAGACUGCAAUCUCCUCACAAGUUCCUGGUAUCUCAAACACAGACAGGCGAUGUUAUCUGCGAGUUUUCAUUCAACCAUGCUUUGAUGGAUGCGAUCUCGCUGGACAAUAUCACGCAGGAGCUCGGAUUGGCAUAUGACGGAGAACUGCCUAGUCUCCAAGGUCCGCCGUAUCGAGACUACGUCGCAUACCUUCAAGAACUUGACACCCAGUCCGCGCACGAAUUUUGGCAAGGCUAUCUGUCCGACACCGAACCUUGCUAUCUUCGGAGUUUGGAUCGGAUUCUUGCCUCUGGCGAUGAAAAGAGGGUCGAAUCGAUUCUAAUCAGUUUGGACGUAGUCAGUGAGAUCCAGGAGUUUUGCAAACUGCACACCUUGACUCCUACCAACGUCAUGCAUGUUGUUUGGGCACUGGUACUCCAGGGCUAUACCUCCAUGAGCACAGUAUCCUUUGGCUAUGUUACAUUUGGUCGCGAUAUACCCAUGAAGGAUGCUCAAGACGCGGUUGGACUCUUUAUCAACGCCCUCGCUCGUCGAAUCCAUCUGCAGGGAGACUCGUCUGUUCUGUCCGUGAUGAAGAAUGCCCAAGAGGAACUGAUGAACAGUUUAGCACAUCAGCAUUAUUCAUUGGCGAAUGUUCUUCACGCCAAGGGCCUAUCUGGAAGAGCACUUUUCAACACUGGGAUAUCCAUACAGGAUCUCAUGGGGUCUGAAUCGAUAGGUCAACCAACUGUGGGUUUCGAACAAGUAGAAGGAGAAGACCCGACUGAAUACGAUCUCAGCAUCAAUAUUGGCAUAAGUAAAGAGAAUUUGGAUGUUGCGUUCAAUUACUGGACGUCUUUCUUGACGAAGGAGCAGGCUGCUUGCAUUGCACAAACUUUCCAACACGUUCUAAGUCAAGUUUUGGAACAACCCUCAAGAAGAAUCGACGAAAUCGAGGUCAUCAGCAGGGAAGAUAAAGUACAGAUUAACAAAUGGAACCAAGAUAUCCCUGAAUCUGUUGACAACUGCGUGCACAAUUUGAUCCAGGAGUUCGGCGUCACACAGCCAGAUGCGCCGGCGGUAUGUGCAUGGGAUGGGGACUUCACCUACAAGGAGCUUAACGACCUAGCGUCUACGGUAUCAAGGCACAUUUUCAAACUCGGAGCCUGCACUGAUAUUGUGGUCCCAAUCUGCUUUGAAAAGUCUCGAUGGGUGGCGGUAUCUGUACUUGCUGUGCUCAAAGCAGGAGCUGCUUUCGUGCUCCUGGAUCCGACGCACCCCCUGCAUCGUCUUCAAGAAAUCUGCCGAGAUGUUGGUGCACAGCUUGUGAUUUCUUCCCAGCAAAAUAAAGACAUGGCAGCAGAGCUUGCUGAGAAGGUGGUUGAGGUCUCAGACGAGGUGUUUGAAUGGCCUGAGGAUGACAGCCCUCCCUUGAUACCAGCAGCGGAACCCAGCAAUGCAGCAUACGCUGUAUUCACGUCAGGCUCUACUGGAAAGCCGAAGGGGGUUAUGAUUGAACAUCGGUCUUUAUGUGCGGUCAUCUAUGCGAACAAAGGGCCCAUGGGAUUAGAUUCUAGCUCUCGGUUCUUUCAUUUCGCCUCCUACGCUUUCGACGUCAGUGUGCUUGAAAUUAUGUUUACGAUUACCCUUGGGGGCUGUCUUUGCGUACCGACAGACGCUGAACGGAAAGACAAUCUUGCUGCGGCUGUUACAAGGCUCAAGGCGAACAUCUUGGAUGUGACCCCAACCGUUGCUAGAACUCUGGAUCCAGAGACCGUCAAAGGUAUAGACAUGUUGGUCCUAGGUGGCGAAGCCGUUUCAUCAAGUGACUUCGAGACAUGGCAUGAUAAGACCAAAUUGGUCGUUGCAUACGGCCCUGCGGAGUGCACCAUCGCAGCGUUUGCCACCACCCCACGCACCAUGUUUGACGACCCUCGAAACUUGGGCAACACGACAGGAUGCAUCGCAUGGAUUGUCAGCCCCGAGGACCAUACGAAGCUCAUGCCAAUUGGAGCAAUUGGUGAACUUGCCAUCGAAGGUCCAACUGUCGGUCGUGGAUAUAUCAACAACCCUGUCAAGACAGAGGAAGUCUUUGUCAAUUUUCCGUCUUGGUUAGCAACGCUUCGCAACGGCCAACAGGGCAAGUUAUAUAAGACCGGCGACUUGGUGAGUUACGCGCAAGACGGCACCAUCCGCUUCUGGGGAAGAAAGGAUACACAAAUAAAGCUCCGUGGGCAACGAAUCGAAACUGGAGAAGUGGAAUACCAUGUGAAACAGGCAUUUCCAGAUGUUGAAGAGGCUUUUGUGGAUCUCGUCACUCCCGCCGACAAAGACAAAUCGCCUUACCUUGUGGCCUGUGUCCUGCAGCACAAACAUGAGGGCCAUCCCCAGAGCGCCCAAGAUGGUGAAAGCAUAUUCGAAGCGCCGUCUGACCAGUUCAAUUCCGAUGUGAAGCAAGCCGAGCCCAAACUUCACGGCGUACUGCCAGGCUAUAUGGUGCCUACCGUGUUCCUACCUCUUUCCUUCAUGCCGAUGACCAAGUCAUUCAAAGUCGACCGCAAUCUGUUGCGCCGUCAACUUGCAGCCCUUUCCUGGGAAGAUAUCAGAUCCUACACCACUGCAUACGUUGACAGGCGUGAGCCAAAGACUGCCAACGAAAAGGCUCUCUUCGAUUUGAUCUCUGGGAUCUUAAAUCUACCUCCAGACUCGAUGUGGCUCGAUGACGACUUCUUCCGCUUAGGAGGGGAUUCCGUCGUUGCCAUGCGGCUAGUUGAUUCGGCUCGACAAAAAGGCUUCGAACUUUCUGUAUACAACAUUUUCAAGCAUCCAAAAUUGUCAAACCUGGCCCUCAAAAUGACUCGGAUCACUGGAAACGACAAGAUCAGUAUCGAAGCCCCCCGUUCAUGCUCCUUGUUACCACAGUUCAGAGAAGCCUCUCCAAGGUAUCCUUUCGACCUUGACGACAUAGUUGACGUCCUUCCUACAACCCAGAUUCAACGGUUCUACGUCCAAAAGGCGCAAUAUACAUACUGCACUAUCGACAUCCCAGGCUCUAUUGAUGUUGACCGACUUCAAAAGGCUCUCCGAGCACUGUUGGAGAAACACAGCGCUUUGAGGACCGUCUUCGUCCCGUUCCAGGAAAGCCUGGUACAGGUAAUCCUGCGUCAAAUCAACCUUGACCUGGAACAGUUGCAUACUGAAGAUGGGAUACCAGCUUUUGUGGAGGCGAUGUGUCGCCAGGACUCAGUUGUGCCUGUCCCCUACGGUACACCGUAUUUCGAGGCCAAGCUAGUUUCUCAAAAUGAGUCUCUCCACACCUUGGUUAUCCGACUCUCUCAUGCCCAGUACGAUGGAGUAUCUAUGCCUACGUUCUUUACAGACUUGGCCACAUCCUAUGGAGGCGACUCGCUGGUCUCUUCCCCUGUGUUUGCUGAUUUUGUCAUUCAACGUGCAGAGCUGAAUUCGCGGCCAGAGACGUCUCAAUUCUGGGAGAACCUUUUGGCUGGCUCCUCUAUGACAUACCUUGAGUCUGAUGUCAGCAACAGGACCAACGGUGUCAACAGUACCGCCGGUGAAAAGGUCAUGAAUCGAGUUGAAGUCUUCCGUACCAUAUCUAUGGACAGCCUUCCCGAAGGAAUCACACUUGCAACUGUCUUGAAGACUGCCUGGUCAUUGGUCCUCCGAAAGAGAGCGCAAGCAAAUGACCUUGUAUUUGGCCAGGUGAACAAUGGCCGCAGCAUGUCAUUGAAUGGAAUCGAAAACGUCGUCGGGCCAUGCACUACCUUCGUUCCUGUCCGGGUGACUCUUGAACCCGAAUGGAAGGUUCAGGACCUCUUUAACCACCUGCAAGACCAACAUGUGCAAAGCUUAGCCUUCGAGACCAUGGAUCUAGACGAUAUCGUUCAUCACAGCACUGAAUGGCCUACAGGUACCCGGUUUGGGACAGUUGUCCAGUGCCAGAAUAUCUCUGUUGACAAUGACUACCUCCUCGACGGAAUCCAAUGCAGCACCCGAGCAGUCGGGUAUAACCAUGCACCUGAGAGUCUGUUCGUCCUUGGUGUUCCUCAAGGGUCUGAACUGAAGGUUUAUAUUGUUGGUAAUGACGAGAUGAUCGAUGAAGGUUCCGGAGAGAUUUUGUUAGAGGAGGUUUGCCAAAUGAUUGGAGAUGUCUUGAUUGAUUCUGAGAGAUUGGUGAUGGACCUUUGAGGUUUUGGAUAAAGGGUUUUGUACCUUAACCUUCAUAUAUAAAAUGCAUACUCAUAAGACUUAUACUAACAAUGACUGCUCUUGAGGGC